ACCCCACUCCACCCAACUCCGGUGGGUCCCACUCCACCCGCUCUCAGGUAAAGCGAGAAGGCAGCGGGAGUGUGAGAGGGACGAUUUAUGAAACGGAGGCGGCGGCGAUGGGCGGAGUAACUUCGGCGAUCGCGGCGAAGUUCGCCUUCUUCCCGCCGAAUCCGCCUUCGUACACGGUGGUCGCCGGCAUGGGGGGCGGAGGGAGACUCGUGAUACCGGAGAUCUCGCCGGCGGCGAGGGAAGGGGUGGACGUGCUCCGCCUCCGGACGCGCCGGGGAAACGAGAUCGUCGCUAUCUAUGUCAAGCACCCAAGGGCUGGAUCCACCCUCCUCUACUCCCACGGCAACGCGGCGGAUCUUGGCCAGAUGUUCUCCCUCUUCGUUGAACUCAGCGCGCGUCUCCGGAUCAAUCUCAUGGGGUAUGAUUAUUCUGGUUAUGGUCAAUCCUCUGGGAAGCCCUCGGAAUACAAUACAUACGCCGACAUAGAUGCCGUCUAUGAAUGCUUGAAGGAACAGUACUGUGUCGAAGAUGAAGAUAUUAUCUUGUACGGUCAAUCUGUGGGAAGUGGCCCAACUCUUGAUCUCGCUUCACGUCUGCCAAACUUAAGGGCUGUGGUGUUGCAUAGUCCUAUUCUCUCCGGACUCAGAGUGCUGUAUCCAGUCAAACAUACUUACUGGUUUGACAUUUACAAGAAUAUUGAUAAAAUAAACCUGGUGAAAUGCCCAGCUUUAGUAAUUCAUGGCACAUCAGACGAUGUUGUGGACUGCUCCCAUGGCAAGCGGCUCUGGGAGCUUAGCAAACAUAAAUAUGAUCCCCUGUGGCUGAGAGGCGGCGGCCACUGCAACCUUGAGCUCUUCCCUGAGUACAUAAAACAUCUUAAAAAGUUUGUCGCUUAUGUUGCAAAAAGAAAGGCAACAAGCAGCUCCAAGGUGACCGAGACAGAUGAUAGAGACGAAAACAAACUCGUAGAGAGCCGAUCUCCAUUGGAAACUACAGAACCCUCGAGUCGUCCGGAGGUCUCAAGAAUUAGUUCAGACAAUAGAAUCAAGAAUCCAAAUAAAGUUGAACCGCCAGAAAGUCCUGGUUGAGCUCUAACUAUACUGAGAAGAGAACAAACGGCUCUAUGUGGUAAUUCUGCUUUUAAAUUUAUUUUUAUGCUCCUUCUUCCAUCCCUCCACUCGUUCCAGAUUACAAAGGGAAAUGCUCUUUCAAGGGAUGAUAAGGUGUUCUUCAAUCUGAAGCCACAAUGCUCCUGAUACAGGUUAUCGUUUGUCCUUUCUUUAUAGAAGUUUGGAUUCAAUGGAAAAAGCAUUAUUGUUCAUAAUUUUGAAAAAUGUAUUAUAUUUCAUGUUUCUUGUUCAUUUGUUAAGGUAUGAAUACUCUCCUGGGUUGGAUUUAUGAUUUUAUUUUAUUUACUGACAUCUAUAUUGUAAAGGUGACAGGAAAUAGUCUUCUGGAGAGGAUUCAAUCCCUUAUAUAACAUUUUAAAACAAUAACAGAUUAUUAUUCUUUUUCUGCCGCUA